UUGAGACGGAAAGGGUUGAGGGAAGGUUCCCGUCGAUCUGUGGGAAUCAGAGAGAUAUGUUUCGAUUGUUUCGUCUUUGGGGAGGAAGGUGUUGCCCUUUGUCCGUACCAAGUAUCAGGGCAGUUAUUUACGUUGCGGUGUGCUCAUACUUCUUUACAGGAUUGGCUGAUGCUCAUUGCACUGGUGGCUUAUUUUGCGAGAGUCCAUCCUACAGCUAUAGAGCUCGUCAUGACGGUAAACCAGGCGACUGCUACGAUAACACAACGGUGCUGACUUACACGUGCACACAGGGUUUCCAACAAAAUGGCGCCAGUUUUUUAUCAACGUGUAAUAGCACGUCAGGCGAGUGGAGCAACAAGGGAUCUUGUGAUAUAGAUUUGCUGUCAAUUGUGGUUGCGACUAGUCUCUCACUUACUGUUUUACUUGUCACUGUUACAAUGAUCUAUAUGGUACGAAGAAGUCGAAGGACGAGGCUGUACGACACCAAUGACGACGUACCUGCGCAGGCGCAGACUUCAUCUGUCACUCUCGUGAACGCAGCAUUCUCCUAUGACCAGUCGGAUAUCCCAGAACCAAUCUAUGCAAAUAACAUAUGGUUUGAACAGGACGCCAGACCAUCGCUACCAUCCAACCAAGAUACCAGUCGGGAUUCUUCAAAGAAACCAGUUCGAGCAAUGAAGCCCAAUCCAAAGGGGAAGCAAGCACCACGUCCCCCUGUCCACAAAGUAAGACCGACCAUCGAGCACGGAUCUAUACAUGGGAAGGAAAUUGCAAACGGGCACAACAAUGAUUAUGAUUUUGACGACGAUUUUACAGACGAGGAUGAUUUCACUGAUGGUGAAUACGAAAUUCCUAAUCCGUUCCCAAUUGCGAACUAUGACUACCCGCAUGAGCAGAUAUACAUGAACCAAUCUCACUUUCUACAACAAGAUGGCUGACAAACUACAGAUUGCUUUCGUUAAAGGCAUUGGUAAUUACUCAAAAUAAUUUUUAAGCAUAACAACUUACUUGGUAACGAGCAAUGGAGAGCCGUUGAUAGAAAACAUUGUGAGAAACGGCUCCUUCUGAAGUAAUGUAGUUUUUGAGAAAGAGGUUAUUUCUCACUCGAAAUAAGACUUCAGAAGACUAUUGCUGAAGCCUUUUAUUAUGCAUCUGAAAGCACACAAAGUAAUGCAACAAGGGUGUUUUUGCUUUCGUAUUACUCUCCUACAAAAUCGACCAAUUGAACCCAAGUUUUCACAGGUGUGGUAUUUUAUGCAUAUGUUGGGAUGCACCUACAAAGUGAGAAUAUG